AGCCAAACCGCACUUCCAAGAAACGCCCCGUCUGCACGAAAGGAGCUCUGCAGAAACUUUCUACAGUCGUUGGAAACAUUAUAAGAACAUGGACAUAGGAUGCUACAACAUACAAAUGUACUGAUAUAGGUUUCCUGCAAACGUUAUUUCAUUCUUUACAACAAUGGAUGGAUUUUUACUGAGUUGAAGAGAAUGGAGAAAAUCACGGAUAAAGCAGAUAGUUGUGAUCCGUACGGCAGACCCGCUCGCAGGACACAAUGGAUAGUAAGUACUCUUGCUUACCACUAUGGACUGGACCGAGGAGUGGAGAACGAGAUAAUAGUUCUAGCGACUGGACUAGACCAGUACCUUCAGGAAAUCUUUCACCAUAUGGACUGCACCGGAGAUGGGAAAAUACCCCUGGAGGACUUUAAUAUCCUGUGUGAGAUUCUGGGGUUGAACGAAGACUCUGAGUCGGAAGAAUGUUUUGGGGUUCUGGACAAUUUGCCCAGUGAGUUUGCUUUCAGACAAUUCCACGCUAAACUGUGCGGAUAUUUUAGCACCAAGGCUGGGAGCCAUUACGAGAAUGGGAGGUUACUGGUCGGGAAAGACAGCGAACAUAUAGAGACUCAGAUUCGCCUGAGGAGCCCUCUGAGGCGGCGAGAGAAGUUGCUCUCUCCAGGGGCUGGUAAUAAAGCGAGCUGGGAGUCAUUGCCGACCUCCGAAAUACAUUCUCCGAGCUGUCGGCAGCUGGGCGCAUCUUGCAGCCGGGAGUGUUACGAGGAGAUCGUGGCUCUAGAGGAGGCAGAGGACCGCAUCACUAAAUUAGAGGAUGAGAAUGCAAGUCUGAGAGAACUGGUGGAGGACAUGAGAGCGGCUCUACAGAGCAGUGAUGCACGCGCCUUGGCUCUGCAGGUUGGACUGUGGAAAAGUCACUCCAAACAUAAACCAGAGAGCGGGUGCUUCAUCUCCCAUCAGAAACAUGCUGUCCAGAGGACCCACAGCAGUAACCGCAGCUAUGGGCCCAGUCAGCACCCCCGCCCCCUGAAGGCCAGCAGUACCACCAGCCAAUGCUCUAGCCUGCGGAGCUUGCAGAGUUUCCUUCAUGAUAUUGACCUGAUUAGGAGCUCACAGGAUGGGCAGAUGGAAGAGGCCAUGCUAUUCCAUCAAAAGCUGGAACAGGAACUGAGGUCGUCGAGGGAAGCAAUGUUAGCUUUGGAGGCUUGUAACUGUGCACUGCGGGCUGAACAGGGGGACAUGAGGAGGAAGGUGGAGGAGGCACGUCAGGCUCUGGUCAGCGGGCUGGGGAAGGUCAAGGAGUUGGAGGCCAAAGCUAGCAGAGUCCCUAAACUACAGAGACACGUCCAACAGCUGGAACAGGAGCUGCACUUCUACAGGUCAGAGGUAUGUAAACUACAGUUCCCAGAGUGCACCAGAACAGAGCAGCAGAUUGGUGGUUCCAGCAAACCAGUACAAAGGUGUGGCCUAAACAACCAGCAGGACCGCCGAUCCCCAACUGGCCACUCUGAGAUCACCCCAGAUACUGGUGUGUUAUUUAGGUCAGUAGAAGGCCAGGCAGCAUCAGACGAGGAGGAGGAGAAAUGGACAGGGGAACAACAAAGACAGGUGGUUGAGGUCAAGAGGAUACUUACCAGACUGUCCUGCUGUGGAGACAGGUGUGAUGACAAAGCUGUGAAAACUCUGCUAUCCCACUUUGGAGGUUCCAGAAGGAGCGAGGAGAGCAGGAGAGGUGGAGGAGAGGAGGAGAGGAGUGAGGAAAGGAGGAGUGCUGUGAUAGAGCUAAUUGAGGAGGUGACAAGGCUGAAUAAACAGCUGGAGCAGAAGGAAAACCAGGCACGACAGGCACAGCUUAACAUGGACCAGAUGAAGGACUCUCUGGUCCAGGAGUUACAACAGAAAGUGGAGGAGGCAGAGCUGCUCCAGACAGAACUACACAUGCUGGAGACUGAGAGAGUGUGUUUGUCCCUGGUGGAGGAGAAGCUAGUGAAUGUUCUACAGCUCAUUCAGCAACUCAGAGAUCUGAAUGUGUCCCGGCGCUCCCUGGGGAAAAUCUUACUGAAUACACUGGAGUCCUGCAGCGAUCCACAUCAUGGCAAAGUCCACAUUUUGGAGGUGUUGAAUGCUCUGUAUCAGGAGCUAGCAGUCUGUGAGGUCAUGACCACCAGCGGACCUCCGGGAGGAACACCGUCCCUCAACCCUCUCCUAAUCUCAUGUUGAGCCAGCCUGCCCCCUACUGGCCAGUUGAUACCUUAGCAGACUGGCUGCUGCAUGAGGGAGGCCAUGACAGCAGGGCUUAACACCCCUGUUUCAGAAGAGAUACUCUCCUAUAGGUUUUAACACCAAGUUAGAUAGGGGUAUAUCUACAGUGUGGAAUCAUAUGAAUGUAUAUUUCAUUGUAUGUUUCAAGUUAAAUAUGCCUAGAUUUGACACCAGUAACAAAGAGGGCAACUCUGGUUUGCUUACAGCCACUCCAGAGGAGCCUCAAGAUGUGACUGUCAGCUAGUGGGUUCUCACCCUGAAGGUGGACUGUCUGUCAAAGCCUCAUCUGCUCUGGUGCUCCUGGUCUGUUAAUAUUACCUGUUUUAUCCUUUCAUUCUGUCUUAAGUAUAACAGUAUUGUCAGUAGAACCAUAACAUAGUGAAUACAUAGAAGCUGAGUCUAUAUUGUUUUCUGGAGUUAAGAACUGUCAGCACAGUAAGUCCACGUAGUUGACCUAUUCUGUUGGAUAAUAUGGAUUAUAAAAUAUUAUUAACCACAUGUAAUUAAAAUAUAAAACCAUUCUAAAGUGCCCUUGAAUGGUUUGAAGGUCAGUGAUGAAGAGGUCAGGUCAGACCAGAAAUACAAAUGACCAGAAAUAUAUAUCUUAACUAAAAAUGUAAUCCAGUGCAGCUUAUCAGUGGAGAAUUUGAGUAAAUAAUGGAAACAAAACAGCAUUAAAAGAAACUGAAAGACUCCAAAGCUGUUAUUUAUUCAGAAACAACCAAAACGUAAGACUUACCAAAAUAAAAGUGUGGAACAUCAUUAAAACAGAAAGCACUGGUGAGCACAGUAAUGGUUACCAGCCUGCUAGGACCAUGAACCCAUCCAGCUGAUGACCGAAGGACCACUGUCUGACAUAUGAAGAAUCAGGAGUAGGCAUGGAUGUCAGG